GCAUGAAGAAUCAGCAGGGAAAGGAAAAAAAAAAAAAUGACAAAAGAGAUUAUCCCCAUAUAUUGAAGAAAUUUUCCAUGGCAAAAGCAGCUAAACAUCUCACAGAUAAGAGAUAAAUUGGAAUAAACAGCUGUCAGUGUUAAAUAAAUAUCCUGGAUAAUGUGCAGGACAGAAAUAACUACAGCAUCGUCAAACUCCUUUCUUCACUUUAUUUAGCUGUUCGUGCAUGUAGCUCCCAAUCUUUGCACUGCUUCAGUUAGCGGAGCAUUUAUUUUUGAAUCAGCUGCAUUUGUUAAGACUGUAACAACGAAAGGCAUUUCCUGAGAAGCUACAAGGAUGAGCUGCAAGAAAGAACAACAGCUAAGGAAAUGCGGGACCCUAGUAGUGCUUUUCAUCUUCCAAGUUCAGAUUUUUGGUUUUGAUGUUGACAAUCGACCUACAACAGAUAUCUGCUCGACACACACAAUUUUACCUGGACCAAAAGGGGAUGAAGGUGAAAAAGGAGAUAGAGGAGAAGUGGGCAAACAAGGAAAAGUUGGACCAAAAGGACCUAAAGGAAACAAAGGAACUGUGGGGGAUGUCGGUGACCAGGGAAUGCUUGGGAAAAUCGGUCCUAUUGGUGGAAAGGGUGACAAAGGAGCCAAAGGCUUAAUUGGUGUGUCUGGAAAAAAGGGAAAAGCAGAUAAAUCCUCUGUCCUUUGCAUUGCAUCAGGCACGGUCUGUGACUGUGGAAGAUACCGCAGAGUUGUUGGACAACUGAAUAUCAACGUUGCUCGGCUUAACACAUCCAUCAAGUUUGUAAAGAAUGUUAUAGCAGGCAUCAGGGAGACAGAUGAGAAAUUCUACUACAUCGUCAAAGAAGAGAAGAAUUACAGAGAAGCCCUGAUGCACUGCAGGGACAGAGGAGGAACACUUGCCAUGCCUAAGGAUGAGGCAACCAACGCGCUGCUUGCUGACUACAUCUCCACGAGCGGUCUCUUCCGAGCCUUCAUUGGGAUGAACGACAUGGAAAAAGAAGGGCAGUUUGUGUACGCAGACAGCAGCCCGCUGCAGAACUACAGUAACUGGAAGGACGGGGAGCCUCAUGACUCCACUGGCAGCCAGGACUGUGUGGAAAUGCUCAGCACGGGAGAGUGGAAUGACUCUGAGUGCCAAGUCACCAUCUAUUUCAUCUGUGAAUUCCUCAAGAAGAGAAAAUAAAUGUGCCACAAAAGAUAUCUGGCACCUUCUGUA